AUGCUUUAUAACGGAUUUAGAUUUACAUUAAUAUUUCUUUCAUUAGCAUGUACAAUAUUAACAAUAUUUGCAUUAGCUGGUUCAUAUGCAAAUAAAUCAUAUUUAACAGAUUCAUAUUUAAUUAAUUUCCAUUUAGCAGGAUUAAAUCUUAAUCAAGUUAUUGAUAUAAAUAAAUUCACCAAAAGAGAUGACACCACAACAACAGGUACCACCACUACAGCCGCAACUACUGCUCCUGGUUAUUAUACUACAAUCCCCGCUGCUAUUCAAGAUCUUUUCGCAACUGUAACCCCGCAACAAUUAGGGAUUGCUGAUGUUUAUUCAGUUAGUUAUUGGGGAUAUUGUCGUGGAGCAUUAUUAGAACCAGAACAGGAAUAUAAUAGUAACCUUGGAUCAUAUUUUUAUAAUUUUGAUAAUAGUAAUGUUAAUUGGACGUGGUGUUCUGAUCCAAAACCAGGAUUCUUUUUUGAUCCAAUUGAUAUUAUGCAAAUAGAAUUAACUAGAGCAAUUGAAGGGAUUGUAGUUGAUGCUCAAUCGGAAGCAAUUACUCAAUUGACUAUAACUUCAAAAAGUGAAAUUAAAGUAUUGAUUGAUAAUAUUACUCCUGAAAGAUUAAAUUUACCCGGACAUUUACAAAGUGAUUUAACAAGAUUAAAUACGUUAACAAAAAGUGCAUUUUCAAUAAUGGUUACUGUAGCUGUGUUAUCAUUUGUAUCAACGGUUAUUCAAAUAUUAGGUUAUUUCUUUAGUCCGGAGAAAUGUUGUUUAUCAUUUUUAAACUUUUUAUUUGAAUUUUCAAUUUCAUUACUUUCAUUCACUGGUUCAGUAAUUGUUACUGCAGUUUAUGUAAAAGUUAGAGGUUUAGCCAAUAAAGAAGCUACUGAUUAUGGUAUUAAAGCUUUUUUAUCAAUAAAUUUCUAUGCUUUUACUUGGAGUGCAACUAUGGUGGCAAAUCUUGUUGUUUUUGUUAAUCUUUUGGGUCAUUGUUGUGGAAUGUUUGGUACUGGUCGUAAGCAUUAUAGAAUGGUUAAAACUGAUGGUGGGUAUGAACAUGGAAAACAUGAGGAGAAACAUGAAAAACACCAUGAUACAACUGAUAGUGAUUAG